AGCGGCAAGGUCUUUCUGAAUUACUGGAAGUCCUUAUGGCUUUCUGCUUAUUUUAUGGAAUGACAGUUCGAAGGACAUCUUUGACAUAAAAAUUUCUGUAUAUCUGUAUUAUUUCCUUUGAAAUGAAUUAAAUUUUGAUACAUUAAAAAUUCGCGGUGAAGGACGUUUUGUUGAAAUAAUUUUCUCAUCAAAGGGCUGCUCCUCAAAAUCAGAAAAAAUCGAUCUUAUUAACAAAUUGUAACGAAUCGGAAUUGCUUCAUGCAAUGUCAGAUUCAAAAGAAGAUCUUAAUUAUGUUUCUGCCCAUUCGUGUGAGAUUUGUGGCAUGUCAGGACUUUCCGAUGAUCGUAUUCGAGAACACACUCGAACGUGUCACGUCGAAGGCAAUUCUCAAUGUCCAUUUUGUGGAUUUGCUGGAGUUCCUCCGCCAGAGCUUUUGUUACACGUAAAUAAAGCUCAUCUUGAUUAUUUGACUCCGGAGGAAGAAUCUGUUUCCCUCACGGAUGGUGAUAUCGAAAGCAAUGACGAUACGCAAUACAACAAGAUCCAAAAACUUGAACUUUCUCCUUUAAAAAUUGUCGAAAAUGCUAAUCGUCCCUUCAAUCAAUUCAAUCUUAAUGGUGAUUACAGCCAAAAGGAUAAUUUUAAAUUCAAUGUUGCCUCGUGUUCAAAAAGCUUAACUAAAGAUAGCCAAUCUAAUGGGGGUUCUAGCAACAGUAGCGAAAUCAAAAAUGGCAAACAUGCUGAUAAAAAGGAUGCACUUAAUGGAUUUGACAUGCACAAUAUGGAGUCACGCUCUAAUUUCGGUUUGCAGUUAAAAAGUUAUUGCUCCACAAUCAAGGGGUCAAUUUUACAGUGUCCAUUAUGUCCUUACACAUCGGAUAACGCAAAUAUUUUAGAGAUUCACAUAAACAGAUCUCAUUUUGAUCCAUUAAGUCCAAGUGUAAAUGGUUCCUCUGUUGCCAGCAUUAAUUUUAACAAUAUGUUAACUGGCCAACGCUGUCCUAUUUGCAAUGAUAUAUUUGAAUCAGCAGCUUUAGAACUCCACGUUAAUAUAGAGCAUAGGGAUAUACUUAGUCCAGAGAAAGCGAAUCCAAGUGAUAUUGUAUCUGGUGAACAGGUAGUUAACAUAUGUCCAGUGUGUAAUAAGCAAUUCGAUCGAAUGAAAUCUCAAGAAAUGGAAUUGCACAUUGAAACUCAUUUCCCGAGGAGUCCCCAAACAAAAACCGAAUCUACUUUGGAUAUGGUAGAGAAAAAAAUACGCGAACAAAAGGAAUUCGAUAUGUUAAGGGCUCAGUAUGGAAUGGACGACCAAGGAAACUUUCGUGAACAAUCAGCUGAGGCUAUGCAAAGAGCUGUGUAUGCUGGUGAGAUGAGUGUUGCUGACUAUUAUGAAAGACAAGUUGGAUUGCGCGCUGCGGAAUCUCACGGAAUUGAUGACGGAACUUCCUGCACAAAAUCAGUUGCUUCACGCGUUCUUGCACUUUCUUCAUCAUCUCCAGGAGUUAUUAAGUCCUUGCUUUGUUCAGCCGUCGAUCAUUAUGCAUCGAGUUAUGGUGAUAAAGGAUGGGGAUGUGGUUACAGAAAUUUACAAAUGCUCUUUUCAUCUUUGCUGCAGAACACAAGUUACAACGAAGUUUUGUAUUCGGCCUGGGGAAAACGUAGUCCAUCUCGGACAGCUAUACCAAGUAUUUCAAGACUCCAAAAAAUGGUGGAGGCAGCGUGGGCGCAAGGCUUUGACGUUCAGGGCUCGGAGCAGUUAGGAUGUAAAUUAUAUAAUACAAGAAAAUGGAUAGGAGCUACUGAAAUUGUUACCGUAUUAUCAUGGUUGAGAAUAAAUUGCCAAUUAAUUGAUUUUCAUCGACCCACUUCUCAAGAUGGGCGUCAUCCUGAAUUAUUUAAUUGGGUACAAGAAUAUUUUGAGCAACGCCGUGUUCAUACUCCCCCGUUAUAUCUACAACAUCAAGGGCAUUCUAGAACCAUCGUGGGUAUUGAACAACGUGCGACUGGUUUGACAUUGUUGGUUCUCGACCCCAGCCAUGGUCCGCGGCAAGUUGCUGCACUCGGAUCCUCACAAGAUUCACUUAGAUUGAUAAGAAGAGGACCGUUUGCCAUGAGAGCUCCACAGUACCAAGUUGUAGCAGUUCGAGGUUUGAUUAAAACAGAGGAACAAUAUCAGGCUAGUAAAGUUCUGAGGUCCCAUAGAAUUCCUCCUGAUUGUUGACUAGUGUUAAUUAUAAUAAUUUGGUUUAUUCCAGUAAAAAAACUAUCACGCAUAAAAGCAAUAUUUCAAUCACCAAUCAACGAAAGAUGUUGAAAAUUAAUUGACUAGUUUAGUGUUAAUUUUAUUAUUUGAUUUUGUGUGCGGAGCUUUGUUAAGUUUUAGUUUAUUAACUUCCAAGUAUUGCUAGAAACUUAAAUUUCUGUAUGCGUUUUAAUUAUAUUUAAAUAAAUCUUUUCCAAUAAAAAAAAACAAA